GUUUAUUUUCAGGUUUUGGGGAUUUUUACUUUUUUUUUUCUUUUUUGUUUGGAUGAAGUUCUUUUAGAGAUUUGAAGGAAUUCACGAUAAUGAUAAUUAUUCAUGUAUUUCUAUCAACUUCUUCUUUAAUUUUGUAUUCUCGUUGUAAAAUAAUUUCUUAUAUAUUUAUAGGGUUCAAAUGAAUCCCAUUUCAUCUGAUGAUGAUCAUUUUCUGGGAAAAAAGUUUUAAUUGCAAACGUGAAAGCAGUGCACUUUUUCUUUCUUCACCUUUUAAUUUGGUUAAGCAACAAAGAUAAAGGAAUGAAAAAAGUUACCAUAUUUUGGUUGUUAUAGGUAUUUUUUUUCUCCUUGUAUCUUUCUUUUUUCCAUAUAAUUUCAGAAUUUUCCAGAUAUCGGAUUGGCUCAGCCCAUGGAGGAGAUCGUUUCUAAGCCUAUGUUGGAGAGAAAGGCAAGACCUCAAGAGCAAGUGAAUUGUCCAAGGUGUAAUUCAACAAAUACAAAGUUUUGCUACUACAACAAUUACAGUCUCACUCAACCAAGAUAUUUCUGCAAGACUUGCAGAAGGUACUGGACUGAAGGAGGUUCUUUACGAAAUGUUCCUGUUGGAGGAGGUUCAAGAAAGAAUAAGAGAUCUAUAUCUUCUUCAACAUCUUCAUCAUCAUCAUCAUCAGUUUCAAGCAAGCUCCCAGAUCUAAACCCACCAAAUCUUUCUCACUUUUCUAAUUCUCAAAACCCUAAGACUCAUAAAGGUCAGGAUCUUAAUCUGGGUUUUCAAGUGAUGCAUGAGACUCAUGAUAUGUCUCGAUAUGUUGGAGUACCGAAAACUGAAAGCACCAAUAACAACAAUCAGCAACAUAACUCCUUAUCUUCUUCCUACAAUACUUCAUCUUCUCUUUCAGAUCUAGACCUGCUCAGAACUGGAAUUGCUUCAAGGGGUUUAGAUUCUUUUAUCCCAACGCCCAUGCCAGCCGAUUCAAAUACGCUGUUUCCAUCUGGGUUUGCUUUGCAAGAUAUCAAACCAACAACACUUAGUUUUUCUAUUGAUCAUGGGCUUGGAAAUAGAUACGGAAGUGUCCAUGGGGUUCAAGAGAAUAAUGGUGGGAUGCUGAGCUUCUUUCCUUUUGGGGAGUUGAAACAACUCUCGAGCACAACUGAAGGUGAUCAGAAUAAAGGACAAGGCGGUUCCAAUGGAUACUGGAAUGGGAUGUUAGGUGGAGGACAGUGGUAAAGAAAUUAAGGAGACAAAGAUAUUGUCUUUCUUUUGAUCUUCUUUUCUCCUUAAUUUUCACACAUGGUAUGGUUGUUCAGAAGUACUAACAGGAACAUACAUGUGGGUUAUCUAUUUUUUAUCUGUUUCAUAUUCUUCUUUUUACCAUUUGAACAAUGAAGCUUAUUUAGGGUUGGCUUCAAUGGUGGUUUCUAUAUGUGUUGUGAAGAAGAUAGAAGAAGAGGUGAAUAUAACGCCUGGUUUUUCUGAGGGCAACAUGGCCAGUAUUCAUUUAUUCUUCUAUCACAAGUACUCAACUAUAGGACAUCUUAAGUGUUGUAUGUGUAAUUUCUUAGCUAUCCAGUGAACAAUCUAUAUGGGAGUUUGUUUGCAGCCAAAAAAAUAUGCUUAAUUAGUUGUGUUACGCACAAACUACUUUGUUGGUUGUAUGAAAUAGCAACUUCACAUUCUUUA